AUGGCAAGAACUAUCUGAUCAGUGUUUCUGAAGAUGGUUUGGCAAUUAUUUGGUCAUUGAAUCCAAAUAACUCAAUUGUAAAAGCUGAUGUUGUGAAAAAAAUCAAUUGCAGAGGAAAUUUAUUAAGUUUAGCAACUAAUGGUGACAAGUUCAUAGUUGGCGGUGCAGAUGGUGGAAUUCGUUUGUUUGAUUUAAAUACAUGUUUGUUGCAACAUUUUAUUCAACAAGUCAAUCUGCCUGAUAAUGAUAAUCUGGGUGUGCCAAAAACUGUGAAACUAUUAAUACAACACCAAGUCAGUGUGUUGGUUCAUACUAGCAUGGGUGCACUCAUGCUUUACAAUAUUAACCAAUCGGAAUGGUCAGUUUUACGCACAGACAUAAAAUAUGGUUCAUAUUCUAUGAUGGAUGUCAAUCAAACAGAGAAAUAUAUUGGAGUUGGGAAUACUAAAGGUUCAGUAAAGAUUUUGGCGUUGGAUAAAAAUCACGAUGUCGUCGAACAUGUGGAGAUGAAUUUAUUUCAAUCUAAAGUUUACAAUUUAUCAUGGAGUGGUGAUAAUGUCUGUUAUAUCAGGUGAAAACGGUCGAUUGGUUUGGUUACAAGUUGCUUCCGAAAAAAAAGAAUUAGUUUUAAAUCCUCACCGUGAGUUUAUAUUACCACCAGCCAAGCAUAGAUGGCAUGUUGAUGUGUUGGUUGUUCGUCCAUAUAUUGUGUGUGGGGAUAGAAGAGGGUCGUUACAUUUAUUUCAUGAAGAUACCCCCCACCCCACGACCACUAUACAUGGUGUGCAUGGGAAAUAUGGAAGUACUUCAUUAACAUUAUAUGAUGGUUCAAUUAUAAGCACAGGUAGAGAUGGCUAUUGGAGGAAAUCUAAGUUGGAUGAUGGUGAUUUAAUCUUGGAAACUAAACACAGAGCAUCCCAGGGAAUGGACUGGAUAGAGGGAUGCAAUGUAGUGGAUGGAAACAAAUUGUUCUUCCAUGGUUUCCGUGGUAACAAGUUUGUUGCAUGGAGUAAAUAUUCAGGUGAUGAUGUUUUCUCUGUAUUGUGCGGUGGUUGCCACAGAUCAUGGGGUUUCUCAGUCAAACACUCAAAGUUUGUUUUCUUGAAGGCAGGAACAAUAAAUAUAGUUGAGAUACCUUAUGAAGUGAAAACAGAGUCCUUGGUAUCAACAUCACUACACAGCCAACAAAUAACUUGUGUUAAAUUCUUGGGAAGAGUAGAAUCAAGUGAUAGUUCCACAUCAUACAUUGUAACUGGUGCUGACGACACUAAAGUUAUUAUAUCAGCUAUUGUUCGAUCUCAAUCUACAACUAAGUUGGAAGUUUUACAAAUCCUUGACGAUCAUUCUUCAAAUGUUCGAUCACUUGCAGUGUUGCCGGUUAAAGAAAAUGAUUUAUGUUUGGAAACACUGUUGUUUACUGCUGGGGGAAGGGCCACCCUCAAUGUUUAUUCUGUCCAACUAAUGAAAACAUCUGCGAAAUGUUUGGUGAAACAAGUUGCUUCAUUUGAAGGAGAAAAAAGUUCAUCAGACAUGAGGUAUAUGUCAGUUGUUGGAUGGAAGGACAAAAGUGGAGAAACAAAAGUGUCAUUGGCGUGUUCGGAUGGAAGAUUACGGGUCGCACAAAUUCAACAAAACACGAUCAAUAUAUCAAGUUCGUCAAGAGAAUACGAACAUUGCUUUCUUACAUUGACAUAUAUCAACCAACUAAUUAUAGCUGGCUCCACCAAUGGAAAACUUUACUUUAUGACAUCAUCAAUGGAGGAAUUAUUAACUCACAAAUGCCACCAAUCUGGAAUCAAUGCAAUAGCAAGUUGUGAAAUGAAAAUGGAAAAUUCAAAUUAUUUGUUGGUUGUUAGUGGUGGAGAUGACAAUGCUUUGCAUUUUCUUUUACUUCGUUCACAUGAAAAAACAUUGGUUCAUGUUUCCGAGUGCUGCGUGAAAAGUGCUCAUGCGACCCAAAUCACGGGAGUGCACAUCAGCUUCAUGAAUGACAUGAUAUCUGUGGUAACAGUUUCCAUAGACCAACGUAUUAUAAAAUGGAGGUUAAUUGUUUCCGACAACUUAACAAUGAAGUGCAAUAAAGAAGAUUGUGACAUCAUACACGUGGCUGACGUUUCAGGAUUGGACAUUUUUGACGAUGAAAUUGUGGUUUCUGGACGUGGUUUAUUACACGGCAUCUCCAUGUCCAACUAUUGCUCUGUGAGGUGAAUAUCUGUGAUCAUCGGUCAGGAGGUUGGAUCUGAAUGGUGACGAGGCAUGAGGUGACGUUGUGUUGUCUUUCACGAUGAUCUUUGUUCCUCUCGGAGAUCUUUCAAGUGAAGAGGAUUGGAAGAGAGAAGUCAUCUCAUGUUGGAUCUUGGACCUGAAGAGUUAUAUUGGUUAUAAUUAUGUAACUAUCAAGUGUUAAAGCAGUGGUUUCUGAACUUUUUUCAAUGUAAUGCUGCUAAUGCAGUUAGUAGAGUUUUAAAAACAUGUAAAACACUUGCUUACUCUUUUUUUGAUGAGUCGUGUCGUAAAUCAAGCUGAGUCAGCGAUUCUAGUCUGUGUCGUGACAUGACUGAAAAAAUUUAACUUUUUAAAAAUAAAAUUUUAACUUUGAAA